AUGAAUUUUCAUCCUAUUCUCAACUUUAAAGGUUUCUGUUCUAAAAAAAUUACACCAAAGGAAAAAAAGGCUUUUAUACAAACUAUAUAUCUCGAACUUAUUAAGUUACAUCCAACAUUCCUUCUUAUACAACAAAACAAUGUUAGCGCAGAAGCAUGGAAAUAUAUAAGAAGAAAAUUGUAUGGUUUAGGUGCUAAUAUUAAGGUUUUACGAAUUCGAUUAUUUAUACGUGCUUUACAAGCAGCAUUUAAAGAUUUAGAAAGUAAAUCGUUAAACAAAGAUGCUUCAUUACAAUCGAAAAUAGAAGAUUUGAAGGCUUUAAAGGAAAUGGUUGUUGGUCCUAUAGCAAUUAUUACAUUCUCCUCUUGUAUAGAGCCAUCUUUUUUAAAACGUGUUAUAUAUUUAAUUGAUACAAGUAAUGGACAGUUUUUACUUUUAUGUGGCUUUUUUGAGGGAAAAUUCGUGAAUACUAAGGAACUUUUGUAUAUCAAAGAAAUACCAGAUCGUUCAGUAUUACAUACACAAUUGAUUUAUUCAUUAAUGUUUAAAUCAAACGAACUUAUUCAAACUCUUGAAUAUUCUUCCGAAGUAUUAACUUUGAUACUUCUAAAAAACAACAACUAUAAACAUAUUGAAUGA